AUGUCGCUGACAGUCAUCUACGGUGAUCGCGGUUCCGAUCUCUUGGCUCUCGCUAGCAACCUCAAGGUGUGCAUCGGAGCUUUAGUUUUUCAAGGUGGUAUUCAGGUUGAGUUGGGUGAAGAUGAGUCACACACUGGUUUGAAAGAUCUGAAAACUGGCUUCAGAUUAUUGGAAAGCAAUGCUAUCGUCAAGUACUUGGCCAAGGACUUUAAGCGGACGGAGGCCAUUGAGUUCGAAGAGACCAAGUUGUAUCAGGCUUUGAAAUCGAACCAAAAGGAACAAAUCAUGGCUCUUUCUGAUCUCCUCCCAGAUUUUGCUGAUAAUCAGGAAAUCACCGCCGAGAAGGUAAUCAUAUUUUCGGCGUUAUAUGUUACUGGAGGUGAGAAUAUUAAGCAAAAAGAGUGGUUCGAAAAGUUUGCAACUUUACCAAAGGUUAAAGAGGGUAUUACCAGCGCUCUUCUCAUCACUACAAUCGAGAGACUUAAGAAUACUAAUACCGGAACACAGAAGGUGAAAUCUGGAUUCGGUGUUAAAGCCAGAGACGAGAGCUUGUUGCCUAAGAAAAACGAGAGAAACAUACUUAUUACUUCUGCUUUGCCUUAUGUUAACAAUGUCCCUCAUUUGGGUAACAUUGUGGGCUCGGUGUUAUCCGCUGACAUUUAUGCCAAAUACGUUCAGAACAGAAACUACAACUCUUUGUUCAUUUGUGGAACUGAUGAGUACGGUACCGCUACUGAAACUAAAGCUUUAGAGGAAAAAGUCACUCCUCAAGAAUUGUGCGACAAAUACCACAAGGUGCAUAAGGACGUAUACGAUUGGUUCGACAUAAAUUUCGACCAUUUUGGAAGAACUACAACUCCUCAACAAACGGAAAUCGCCCAAGAUAUUUUCCUCAAAUUGUACAACAAUGGUUACUUGGAAGAGAAGACCACAGAACAGUUAUACUGUGAAGAGCAUAAAUCUUUCUUAGCCGAUAGAUUCGUGGAAGGAACUUGUCCCAAGUGUGGGUAUGAGGAUGCUAGAGGUGAUCAAUGUGACAAAUGUGGCAAUUUGCUUGAUCCAUUUGAAUUGAUCAACCCUCGUUGUAAACUCGAUAACGCCAAGCCUAUUCCAAGAAACUCAACUCACAUUUAUCUCAAGUUGGGAGAUCUCCAAGGAGAAUUAAAAGAAUGGUUUGAGAAGGCUUCAACUGAUGGAAAAUGGUCUAAGAAUGCAGUCCAGAUCACCUCAUCGUGGAUAAAUAGAGGUCUUGAAUCAAGGUGUAUUACUCGUGAUUUGUUUUGGGGAACUCCUGUACCACUUAAAAAUUACCACGAUAAAGUGUUGUACGUGUGGUUCGAUGCAACAAUUGGGUACGUUUCCAUUACUGCAAACUACUUCAAAGACAAGAACACUGAAGAUUGGCUCAAAUGGUGGAAGAACCCAGAGCAUGUUGACUUGUACCAAUUCAUGGGUAAGGACAACGUUCCAUUCCACACUGUGGUUUUCCCAUCAUCUCAAAUCGGUACUAGAGAUAAUUGGACCAAGUUGCACCAUCUUAGUACGACUGAGUAUUUACAGUAUGAAGGUGGAAAAUUUUCGAAAUCAAGAGGCGUGGGAGUUUUCGGCAACAACGCCAAAGAGACUGGCAUUACACCCUCGGUGUGGAGAUAUUACUUGGCUUCUAUUAGGCCUGAAACUUCUGAUGCCCAAUUCUCUUGGGGCGAAUUUGUCACUAGAAACAACUCUGAACUCUUGGCUAAUUUGGGUAACUUUGUCAACCGUUUGGUCAAGUUUACCAUUGCUAAAUACAAUGGUGUUAUUCCUGACUACAAGGUUUCUGAGAUCCCUGAUUACGCUGUGUUUGAAAAAGACGUGAAUGAACUUUUGUCGUCGUACAUCGAGAACAUGGAAGCUGUGAAUAUUAGAAAGGGUUUAGAACUUGCCAUGGCUAUUUCCUCGAGAGGAAAUUUGUUCUUGCAAGAUAACAAGUUGGACAACACCUUGUACACCAAGUACCCUGCCAAGUCUGAUGCAGUUGUUGGUGUGGGCAUGAACUUGAUCUACUUGGUUAGUUCCUUAAUCUAUCCUUUCAUGCCAUCGACUACCGCUCAAAUGAAUGAGAUUUUGAAUGUACCUCCUUUGUCGAUUACCAACAAGUUUGAAUUAGUAUUGGAGGCUGGACACUGCAUAGGCAAGGCCCAAUAUUUGUUCCAAAGAAUUGAUGAGAAGAAGAUUGACGAAUGGAGAAGUUUGUAUGGGGGUAAGCAGGUGUAG